AUGACGGAAUACGUUACGCCCGGGCGAAGAACACAUACAACUGCAGCAAGAGCGAAUGCUGGGGGCGGCGGAAGUGCCGGCAGACGCGUGGUGCGCUCAGCCCUUGAGCUUCUUGCGGAGACGGCGUCACCGGAGAUACUGAGGGGGAAGACAUCUUCCUCCAACACGGUGGCCCCGGCGAAAUUCACCGUCACGUAUGCCACUGCCCCAGCUUUGUCUCUUGGUGUAACGGCUCAACAGCUGCAAAAAGAACAGCAGUUGCGGCGGUCCCUACCAGCAGGGAAUGACGUGGUGACGACGGAGGAGCCCAGCACGUUGCUGUUUCUUUCACCAUCCACCGCUGCUGGAGGUGCGGACAGUGCUGUCAAGAAGCGUCUGUUCAAAAAGAAGAAAAAGACAGUGAGACUCUCCGACUCCGCCAAGAAGACGGCAAAGGCGGUGGCAAAGGAGAUGUGGGACCUGGAAACGUCUGCAGGUCCCGGCACGGCGAGUGAUGGAGAAAAAGAAAAACAGGAGAUAGGAGGAGGGCCCAUUGCCGUUGGCUUGAGCGAGAAUGAAUUGCACAACAAGGGAAGGCAGCUGACAAAAAAUGAACCUCUUUUUACGGAGGAGGAGGUGCAGGAACGGAUUUUGGAGGCAUUGAAAGCGUACGAGGUACGUCGUGAUGCGGAGGAGGAGUCUGUGCUGCAGGAAGUGGGUCAUGAGAUUGAGUCACAGAAUGAACGCUAUGAAAAAUUACUAAGGGAGAAGCAGGCCUCUGCCGAGGAGUGUGACGCUUUGAAGCUGAAGAUGGAGCAGCUGGCGCUGCAUUGUGAGGCGCUCCAAGGCACCAUUGCGGAGCUGCAGCAUGAGCUACAAGAGACUCGGGAUAGGGCAUCACGCACUGAAGUGGAACUUUGCCACGCACAGGACGAAAAGCGUCUGAAAUCCGCCGAGUUGCAGCAGGAGCUUAACUUUGAAAAGGCGCAGUGGAAGCUGGCCCAGGAGGAGAUGCAGCGACAGAUCACUGAGUUUGAGGCGCAGUUGCGAUCCCGCACAUUUGAGUGGCAUGAAUUACAGGAAACGACACGUACGAAAGAGAAUAAACAAGCUUGGCUCUCGGAACAGUUAGAGGCGUGUCGGACAGAGCUUGAGGAGUGGCGGCAGAGGAAUAGUGAAACCCAGGCGGCAGCUGUAGAGUUAAAGGAAUUGAUUGAAGCAAAAGAAGCCCUAAUUCGACAGCUACAACUCAAAGUACAGGAAGCCGAGAAAAGUGCGAAACGGGCUACAACAUCAUCACGCGACGAACAGACCCAACUUGAGUCGCGUCUACGAUCUGUUGAGGAGGCAUUGCAACAACAGACAGAUGAGGUCCGGCGGAAGAUGCAUCGUGUUCACGUUCUUGAAACGGAGCUGGCUAGGGUAGAGGAGGCAAAGAAGACACAGCAGCGUCUUAUUCACGAGGCUACCAAUCGCUUCUUUUCCGUUCACUCCACACUGGAGACGUUUGUAGGUAUGUUUCGUAAUGGCUGUUCCUCGCGAGCAUCCCCACGGGGGCUGCGGGACACACUUUUUCCAGCUUCAGAGUGGUGCGAUGCGCAUUCUGGGGCUGUGGAGGAUUUGUUUGCGACAGAGAAUGAUGCUUUGUGUUAUGGUCAGAAGGAUGACGACGAGGAGGGGUGUGUGGAAGAUGCAAAUGGCAGCUUUUUUGAACUUAUCACAUGCAAAGAGCUUCGGGACGAUCUGCGGCAAGUGCGUUUCCGCUUGGGGGGGAAUAAGGUCCUUACACAGCAACAAAGGCAAAAUGCUCAGCGAUCGCGAGGCAAUAUGCAUCCAACAGCUUCUAAAAAAUUUGCUAACAAUAACGGUGAUGAAGUGGACGAGAGUGGUCGAUUGCAGCGGUGUCAUCGACUAUGUGAACGCCUAUUGGAGACACUGCGGCGUCUCUACCUUCAGCACCGGAAGGAGUUGCAGCGCCGCCUCCAGCACAUGGAAGCACGACAGGCCGAACAAAGCAAAUCAGAGUUGAAACACUGCCAGGAUGCGCUUGCCGCGUGCCAAAGGAGCCUAGAAGAGAGCAAGCAACGGGAGCGGUUACUGAGUGAAGAAUGUUGCCAGCGGAAGAGCGAGGUGAAGCGGUUAGAGGCUGCGCUUGUAGAGCUACAUGCUGCCGAGCAGGAGGUGAGGGUGCAGCAGAAGAGUUCAACGGAUCGCAUGGAGGAGCUACAGCGCGAGCGCGGUAUCUUGCGUAUCCAGCUGGAUGCAAGCCAGCGGGACUGUGUGGAGUUGCGUGAGCGAUACGAGUUGGUACGUGAGGAGACGGAAGAGGUACGAGAGCGCGUGCGUCUUCUUGAGAAAAGCCAACGUUUGCAAGAGGAGGCGAUGGAGGCGAAGGCGAAGGUGUUGGCAAGGCUGGCUCGCUGCACGGAGAAACUGAAGAAAACGGAGGAAGAGUGCAAGUCUCUGCGUGACGAAAAUGAGGUUCUUUCAAACAAGAUGAAAUCCAUGCUUUUGCAGCUCCAGACGUCCCGUGUGGAACAGCGCAACAAGAGCACGACAGCAUCGGUGCGGCAACAACAACAACAACAACAACAGGAGGAGGAGUUAAAUAAACUAAAGAAGGAAAUGGGGGAGUUGCGUACACUGCAAGAAUCCACAGCCGCCCUGCAUGCCAGAGAGAGUGCGGAGGCCGAGCUCUCCGUAAAGAAACUUACUGCACAGAACGAAGAGCUGCGUGAGGAAUUGGCUAAACGGCAGCGUGCGCUUGCUGACGCCCUCAGUGACGUGGAGUUGCAAAAGCGGGCGGAGGCAACCACGCUGCGUACUCUGGUGAGCAUUCACCAAGCCGGCAGUGAGGGGUCAAAUGAGACCUGCGCGGAUGGUAACAGCCCGCGCGGGGUGCAACAACGGCUAUUUGAUGCGAGUCUUAUAAUUCAAUCAGAGGAUGGCGUGACUGAGAAUCGAGGAGAGAUUUCAAUCUUUGAACUUCGCGGGCGUGUCGUCUCUCUGGCGCAGCGGGCCGCCUUGGAACUUGCGAGGCUGAGGGAGGCCAUUCCCCCGGGACCGCAUGUUGAGAGGAGUGAGACGCUGGAGAGUUUUCGGGCAGCGGAAAAGGUUGCGUGGGAGGCGGCGCAGAGCUCUGCCGCUCGACGGCAACCGUGCAUUGAGGAAAACGGAGAGCCCGUGCCGUCAGCGCAGCCACCGUCUCGGCGAACGGCGCCAGUGUUGCGCAGCAGUCUUCAAAAGCAGCAGCAACAACUGCAACAACAAAACAAGAAAAAUCUGCCGUGUCAUACGCUCGGGACUCCUUGUCGGCGCUCCCCAGCGCAGAAUUCACCAUCGCCGAAACAGGUGGGGAGAGAUGUGCUUCCUAUCGGUUUCUUCCCCCGAAGUCACUCCGUGUUUGCGGUGGGUCCCGAUGCAAUGAAAAGAACUGUAGGGAACGAGCGCAGUUUGCCUUGUCGUGGUGCUUCUUCCUCUUCACUGACUUCAGCCGGUGGUGUGUCGAGGUCUCGCUCGGCUCGGGGUGUCUUGGAUGGCAGUUCUUCACCGGUCAGACCGCCAAUGCUUCGAGCAACUUCAGUGCGUUGA